GUUGACCUCGAACAAAACAGCCAUAGACUUGUCCGGUCUUCGAGUUUAUAUAAGUACCGUUCGCUUCAAAUUCACCCUAAAGUCACGACCUUCUUGAACACAUCCCCCACAUCAGGCAAACUCCUGUCCUUCAGAUCAAACGAGUACUUAUUGGCAGUGAGGGGACACUUGACGGGCGCGAAGAUUGUGUACAAGUCUUUGGUCUCUUUCUUCGCGUACUCGCAUUUACCAGGGUACUUGAUUGGGAAUGGAGAAACGGCCACAGAUUUGCAAUUGCUGCAAAACUGCAAAACUGCACAAAGUGCAGUCGAUCACCAGAAUCUGAUUGAUAAAAAUAUACAAUCGGAUCCUGGUAUUGAAGAGCAAACA